CAGAAAAAUGAAGUUCCUCGUUCUGAGUCUCGCCCUGAUCGCCAUGAUUUCCUGCUCCCUGGCCCUUCCUGUGGAUCUGCAGCUGGAGAAUGGCGAACCACUGACUCUGCUGGAAUUGGAUGCGGAACAGGAUCCCCAAGUGGAUGAACUGGAGGGCGAGCGAGUGGUCCGAGGCCUGGGCGGCCUAGGAGGAUUGGGCGGCAAGUUCGGCGGCUUCGGAGGACUCGGCGGCCUGAAGGGUGGAUUCGGUGGCCUGGGACACGGCUUCGGCGGUGGAUUCGGUGGACACGGUUUCGGUGGCGGUUUCGGAGGACUCGGCAGCUUCAAGAGCCUGUUCAACAAGAAGUUCCGCUAAGGCACAAGCAUGCAUCCAAAUCUUAGUCUAAGAAUUUCGUAAUAAAGCUUAGUUAGGUAAAGUUAAAA